AUGUCCCGCCGACCACCCCGCGAUUACUACGAGGAAGAUGAGUUUGAGAUCGAACGUGAACGUGAUCGGUACUCUCGGUCUCGCCGGCGAGACCGCGAAUUUGAGGAGGAGGAUGUCCAAUACCGCCGUCGCAGAUCAAUGCCCCCUGUCGAAGACCUGGAGCGCAUGCACAUUCGCGAACGCCCGCCCCGCGACUUUAUCCGUGAGAGCUAUGGCCCGCCGCCAGACCGCGCCCCUGUGCCUAUAAGGAGACCGCGAGAUGAAAUAGACGGACCCUUGCCGGAGCGCGAACGCGAAGAAGCCUACAUGCGUCCAUCACGUGAAAGGCGCCGACCGCGUGCUCGUGAGGUUGAUGAAGAGGAACUUAUUAUCGACGAACGAGAAGGGCAUGGUGGUCGGCGACGACGUCGCUCUGAACGUGAUGUUGAAGAAGAAGAAGAUCUGGUUGUCCGACACAGAGGACGGCCGUCUCGCGAUUAUGAGAGCGAAGGUGAUUUCAGAACCCGCAACAGGAUGGAAGAUGAGAUGUACGUCCGGCGCUCAGGACCACGACGCAAACCGCGCCCUCGCUCGCGCGAAGAGGAGUUUGAAGAAGUCCGCAUUGACGAGAGCAAAAUGGAUCGUCCUCGACGCAGAGAAUCUCGCGAAGAGCCGACAUUUGAGCGGCGCGAAGAAAUUGAUGAAGUUAUGAUUGACGAAAGAGAACGCGAACGACCCCGCGAGAGACGGUCUCGCAGGGAACCAAAUUUCGACAGAUACAGAGAAACAGACGAAAUUAUUGACGACAGAGAACCAGAACGGCUACGAGAAAAAAAGGUUCGAAAGCCGAGAGUAAAAGAAGAAUUGGUCAUGCAAUGGAAAGACAGGCCGUCGCCAGGAGAGCUGGAUGAAGAGGAAAUUCGGAUUCGGGAGACAAGGCGGCCCAAGCGUCGUAGUCCACCGGUUCCGGUGUAUGCUCCAGAGCCUCCAGGUGCUUUUCCUUUAGGUGGGAAUGCGGACGACAUAGAGGAGGAAAUCCGCGUCCGCUCGCGCUUUCACCCGAGACCUCACCAUCGGGAAGCCGAAGAUGAUGAGGAGAUUGUCAUUCGACACGAGGAGAGAGACCGAGAUCGCCGACGAAGAAGCGAAGAGGUCGAAGAGAUUAUUUUGCGGCGAGAGGAAAGAAAUCGAGGUCAUAGACGAAAUGCCGAAGAAGAUGAAGAAAUCCUCAUUCGGCGCGAAGAACGAGAUCGAGAUCGUCGCCGAGUAAAUGAGGAUGACGAGGAGCUGAUCAAAGAAGACACGGAAGACGAAGUUAUCAUCCGCAAAGAUAAACAACGGUCUCCGCCUCGAGAGCGUUCGCCUUCUGUUGAGCCUAUUCGCGCACCUCCGAUCCACCAGGAUAUUAUCACACACCAUCACCAUAUUGACCAUGGAUAUGAAGCGCCGCGACGAGCUCCCAGUCCCGAUGCUGCAUCCACAAGGUCUAGUAUCGACGAGAUCGAUUUCCAUCACCGUAGUCAAAAAGGCAGCCAUAAGUCUGAAGAAGACAUUGUCUUCAAACACCGCGACGAAAACGAAUCACUGUCGCCCACCAGCGGCCCUUCUCUCGAUUUCAACAACCCGUGGGAAGCAGAUCGACAAUCCACUGCCCCACGCCGCAAGCCCAAAUCCACAAUCGACGAGGCUGAAUCCAUCAAAUCGACAAAGGCCGAGAGCAUCCGCAGCCGCCCGAAACGAAGCCAUCCUCGGAAGGUAGACCUCGACGAAGAAACCGAAGAGGAAGAAAUAGAGGUCUACGAAGAGCGCUCUGGUCCUCGCUCGAGCACACGUUCCCUGCACAGGGAUAUCCCCAACGCUGCAUCCGAGUGGUCUAUGGUCCACACACCGAAAACAGAGGCUCUUGAAAUGUCCGGUGCACUGGACGUCGUCGAAGUGGCCCCCAAGGGCGCGAUAGACGAUGAAAUAGACCGCAAAGUCGCAGCCCAAGUAACCAAAGAGAGUCGCGAUGAACGCUGGACGGAAAUCACCAAAGACCUGGUUGUUCGCGAGGCGAUUGAGCGGCUUGGAUACGAGUUUGAAGAGACGAGAACGUUUUACUAUAUCUUCUCGUACCUGGAAUCGGGUGAUAUUGAUGAGAUCGUUGAACUGUCCGACGAGAUCCGGUCAGCUCGACGGCGACGCAUUCGCGAAAUGCAUCGUGAAAGAGCUAUCCCGCCACCUCGGCCUAGGUCGCUCGUGGAUAGGAUGCCGCCUCGGGCGCGCAUGGCUGCAGAGAGGAGAAUCAGGGAGCGAGAAUGGAUUAUUGAUUCUCGUCGCUGA